CCGCUCAUGCACGUCCGAGCCAAUCUGCGCCCGAGAUGUUUUGGACUCGAGAAUUGUCGAUCCGGCAAUGCUGCUCCUUCUUUGAUUCUUCAUCUCUCUCUCACCUUUCUCAUUCAUUUCCGCUCAUCUAGCUUGGGUCAGUGAUGUCGGCUGCUCCCGCGCUGAGAGGAGCAGACCAAUCAUCAGCCGCCAAUCAAGAGUCGACGGCCGCUCCUCAAGAUGGCGUCGAGCAGACUACUCCCUCCUCUUCUACCGCAGAGCAGCGCGUAAAGGCACCGUCAGAGCAACGGCGGUCAAAUGAGGACAGGCAGGCUGACGACAGGCAAGACAAGAAAAGCUCGGACACCAGUGGCCAGUCUAGCUCGAAGCUGCCACCUUGGAUCGUCGACAAUAUCAAGAAUCCACACAGCCUUAAGAUGCUGUUUCGCUGCUGGGUCGCAAGCUGGGUCGCCAUCCUUCUCCUCCUGUUUGACCGCUCGCUGGCCACUCUCGGCCAGGCGGCCUUUUUCGUCUGCAUGGUCACCGUCUUCCUGCCGGCGAAUCUUCCCAUCUUUCCAUGGCUUAUCGCAAACGGGACCCUGGUAGUGGGCUCAGUCGUAGGAUGGGCCAUCGGCUGUGCUGCAAUGGCCGCUGCUCUGCGAGCGAGAGACUCGACGCUCCUACAAAGCCAGCUCCAACGCGUCCAAGCAUCAGUAGCGACGGCGACCAACCCAGAGGCGGAAUAUCAAGCUGCCAUUUUCCGAGCAGAGUUCCUCGAUGCCCGGUCCUCUGCAGUAUUCGGCGUCUUUCUAGCAUUUGGUAGCUUCCUCGCCGCAGUGGUGUUCACUCAGUCACCCAAGCUGAGAUUCACUGCCAUCUUCAUGGUCAUCGUGCUCGACGUCAUGUGCACCUACGGCGUCCUCUUCCCCGUGCAGCAGUAUACGCUAGGCACCAUCUUCUUGCUGCCCAUCGGCGUCUCUCUCGGCAUCAGCUUCGCCUGCAUGCUCUUCAUCUUCCCAGAGACUCUCUCGUUCGGCUGGCAGGGCAACUUGGCCAAGCUGCUCAAGGCGACAAAGGGCUACGUCGUCCUGCACGACGCCUUCCUCAAGGAGCUCACGACGGCGGAUGACCUCGAGCAGACGGCCAAGGUUUUCGACGGCAAGCUCAAGGGUGCUCAGACGGGUGUGAUCGCGCUCUUGCAAGCCAUGCAGGGUCAGCGUCCCUUUCUGCACAUGGAACUCACGUACUCUUCCCUCUCGCCGAAAGACUUGACUUCUCUGCUUGAGCCGGUCAAAAUCCUAGCCCUCAGGACGCUCGGACUAUUCAGCUUCAAUACGGCACUCGAGGUGGCUAUUCACGACGACAAGCUCGCGGACGAUCCCGACGCGGCCAGCGAUGCAGAGAAGAACGUCAAGAGCGAUCAUGAAGAUUUCUCAAAGCCAGUCGCGGUGCACGACACUCAUGCCUUGAUGCGAUGGCGAGGGAUGCAGCACGAGGCUGAGCGUACUCACCACGUCUCGCUGAAGGACGACAUGCUCCCAAUCAUGAUCGACGGAAGCAGAGAUCUUCUCGCCAAAUGCUUUUCCGCCAUGGACGAGAUCACGUCCUGGCUUGAGUUCACCAACAACCAUCGCUACCUGGGCCAAAUGAGCGCUGAGCAGCACCAAGACAGGGUGGCGAAGCUGAAUGCUGCCGUCGAGGAACUCGAGCAAACGGUCAGCAAUUUUGACAAGGAGCGUCUGCGUCUCAUUGCGCCCUACGAGAAGCACUUUGCCAAGCAGACAACCGACGGUUCCCUUAUGCUGGAUGCUGACGGCGCUAAAGCAUUCCGAUCAGGCGCACGCGGCCUCUACAUCUGCCUUGUCUGGUGCUUCAAUGCCACCAACACAGCCAAGCAGCUCAUCGUCCUCACUCGAGCUGUUCACGACGUAGCCCUGAAACGACCUCGAAGCAGGCUCUGGUGGCCUACUGGCCUCUCCAGAUUGGCUGCGGUCAUCACGUCGAAGAGAGGCAGCGAUGUCGUCAACUCGAUGCCUGCAGAUGAUCCGGAUUCCGAGGAAUCUACCCUGGCCGAAGAUGUUGAGCAGGACGAGCGGGAAGAAGGGGACAAUGCAGCAGCAGACGCGACGAAGAAGAAGAUCAAGGCCGAGAGAAGAUCCAGGCUGCGCGAUGCCGAUGCCUUGCCGCCCUCAAAUGCCCUCCAUUACAUUGGCCGCUUCCUUGCAGCUUGCUACCGCUUCACUUACAGCCAAAGGGGGAUGUUCGCGUUACGCUUCACAAUUGCGGGGCUGGCCGUGUGGAUCCCUUCAGCGGCAACGCAGGAAUCGGCUGCCUUCUCCUAUCGCAAUCGAGGCCUUUGGGCCAUCAUCAUGGCUCAGCUGGCAGUGGCGCUCACUUCGGGCGAAUUCGUCUUCUCCAUCGCCUCGCGAGUCAUUGGUACGGUUCUCGGAGCGCUUCUAGGCGCCCUUUUGUGGUACAUCUCCUGCGGCAAGGCGGCGCAAGGUAAUCCGUACGGAUAUGGCGCUGUGACGGCGGUAGCCUUUGUGCCCCUGGUCUUCCUUCGGCUCUUCGUCCCGAUGCAGCUUCUCAUCGUCUCGCUCAUGACCUUUGUGACUCUUGUCCUGGUCAUUGGCUAUUCGUGGAUCGACGCCGGCCACCUCGUGAUCAGUGUCUCGAGCGGUAUCGGAAUUGAAGUGGCCUGGCGUCGCAUGCUGCUCGUCCUCAUCGGUAUCGCAGCUGGCUUCAUCGUCAUGCUAUUCCCGAGACCGACCUCGACACGAGAGACGGUGCGACAUUCCUUUGCGAAGCUCACCAGCCGCCGCAUCUUGCCCAUCUACUGCAAGGCCAUUGAGGCGUGGUCGACACACAGCGAGGACAGCUACGACGAGGUGAUCAAGCAAGACGCCGCAAAAUCUUCGCCGGCCAUGGUCGAGUAUCGUGCAGAGCUUUUGGCCGGCCUGGCGCAGCAGGGCGAUCUUGCGGGUAAAGUCGGCUUAGCGAGGCUUGAUGUCCCCUUCAGAGGUCGCUGGCCCGCGGAGCGGUAUGAUCAGCUGCUGAAGACGCACAAUCGAAUGGUAAGACGCAUCCAGUGACGGCGUGUCAUGCAAGAUAGCACCGCGCUGACUAGAUCGAUGCGCCCUCACAGCUCAGCAGCCUGGCACAGCUUUACCAAAUCCUGAAUCAGC